AUGGCGCCAGGGGAAGAUAUUGCCAUCAUUGGACUGUCUUGUCGCUUUGCGGGAGAUGCGAAAGACGUUUACGGAUAUUGGGACCUCCUGCGACAAGGGAAAAGUGCCUUUAGCCCCAAAGCCCGCUUCGACAGCGCUACAUCAUCACAUCCUGGAUACUACUUGCAGGAUGAUAUCUACAAAUUCGACGCAUCCUUUUUUGGCAUCUCGCCCAAGGAAGCGAAGGGCAUGGAUCCUUCGCAGCGACUUAUGCUGGAAGUCGCAUACGAAGCCUUUGAGUCGGCCGGCCUAACACUUGAGGCUGUUUCUGGCUCCAACACCUGUGUGUACGCAGCCCAAUGGGCCUGCGACUACAGAGAUAUGCUGGCGCGAGAUGUUCAAAAUGCACCCACUUACACCGCCACCGGCACAGGCACCACAUUGCUCUCAAACCGAUUAUCCUGGUUCUUUGACCUGAGAGGCCCAAGUAUGACCAUCAACACGGCAUGCUCUUCAAGUAUGGUGGCUGUACACGAAGCUUGUGAGAGCCUCCGCCGUGGAGAAUCAGACAUGGCGCUCGUAGCCAGUGCCAAUGUUAUCCUUUGCCCGGACAUGUUCACUUAUCUGGGCAUGCAGAAUUUUCUAUCGGCUAGUGGCAAGUGCAAGUCAUUUGACGCCACUGGUGAUGGAUAUGGCCGAGGCGAGGGGUUCGCAGCCCUUGUGCUCAAGCGAGUCCCUUCAGCAGUAAAGGAUAACAGCCCCAUCCGCGCCGUGAUACGAGGUACUGGUGUCAAUCAAAACGGCAGGAUGAAGGGCAUCACCCUACCCAGUGUCAGCGCUCAGGUGGCGCUUAUAAGAAAGACCUAUGAAUCAGCUGGGCUACCCGUAACCGAGACCGGUUACGUAGAAGCUCACGGAACGGGAACCAUGGCUGGAGAUCCCGUGGAGCUGGAAGCAAUCGGGAAGGCAUUUGCACAAGUCCAAGGCUCAGACAACCACAAAAGGGUCAUUGUGGGAUCUGGAAAGCCGAGCAUUGGGCAUACGGAGGCCUCAGCGGGCUUAGCGAGUGUGAUUCGGAGUGUGUUAAUGCUUGAAAGUGGCAUAAUCCCGCCGAACAUAUAUCUCAACCAUAUUAACCCCAAUCUCCGACUAGAUGAAUGGAACCUGGAAAUACCCACUCAGCUCAUCCCUUGGCCAUCGAAAUGCGAUUUUCGGAGAAUCAGCGUAUGUUCGACAGGAUACGGCGGAACAUAUGCGCAUGCAAUCAUCGACGAGUCGCAUCACUAUUUGCAGACAACAGGUCUGUUUGAUGAUGCGCAGGUUGCAAGAUCGCCGGUCUGGGCCGCAGCGGACCAGCGAGUUCAGAACUUGUACGACGUUACUGGUCCGACCUCUUCAUGGCCGAAAAGGUUCUUGCUGACACUGAGUUCCAACCAUGAGAAUGGCAUCCAACAACAGCUGUCGUCUUUGGCUCAGUGGUGCUUGACUGUUGGAGAAGAUGACAGUGAAAGUAUCCUCGCAGACCUCGCAUACACAUUAUAUCAACGGCGCUCACAAUUUACGUGGAGAACUUCGAUCACGGUGUCAUCAGUAACAGAGCUGAAAGAGGCGGCUGAAAAUGCGACAAAUGGUGCAUCAUCACAUAGCCAGCGAGCUCUAGAUGAUCCCGGUGUCUGCUUCAUCUUCACUGGGCAAGGCGCGCAGUGGCCGCGAAUGGGUCAGACACUGUAUCUGGAGUGUGCGGUUUUCCGCGCAAGCAUUGACGCGGCGGACCAUUACUUUCGGGAUAUUCUACAAAGCCCCUGGUCUGUGGUGGAUGAGCUGUUCCGAGACGAACAAAAAUCUCUCAUUGACCAACACGCCUUCUCCCAGCCUUUGACAACGGUCCUUCAAAUGGGGCUUGUUGACCUACUGCAGGGAUGGAAUAUCAAACCAGACUGGAUAAUUGGACACUCUAGCGGCGAGAUUGCGGGUGCGUAUUGCCUCGGCGUCUUGACUCAACAUGAUGCAUGGAGAAUUGCAUACUCAUGCGGCGCUUUCGAGUCGGAUCAAGAGGGAUCUAUGAUGGCUGUCGGUUUGUCAGAGACAGAAGCAACCUCCAUCAUCAACCAGCAUGCCCUGGGCAGGGUGGUUGUUGCGUGCAUCAACUCCCCUUCCAACGUCACUCUUUCUGGAGACAGCCCCAGCCUUGAAAUCCUCCAACAGAUUCUGCACAACCGUGGAAUCUUCAAUCAACGGCUCCAUGUGGACGCCGCAUACCAUUCUAGCCAUAUGGAAGCCAUGACGAAGAACUACCAAAAGGCCAUCUCGCAAGUCGUUCUUGGCGAGAGUAUACAAGGCCGUACCAUGUUCUCUUCCGUCACAGGCAAAGAAAUUAACGCAAGCGAACUGGGGUCCACGUACUGGAGCAGGAACCUCGUCUCCCAGGUCAAAUUCUCCGAUGCGGUCACCCAACUUUUGGAAUCCUUUCCUACGCGCAAUAAGAUUUUUGUGGAGAUUGGGCCGCACCAAACUAUGCAAGCGCCUCUUAAGCAGAUCCUCAUCAGCUGCUCCGCAUCGGAAUCCUACGAAUACGUCUCGGUGCUCAGUCGAGGCAAAGACUCCGUAGCAACGACUUAUGCGGCUGCUGGCCGACUAUACGCUCUCGGCUUGCCUGUGAACGUCGCAAAACUGAACGAGACUGUUCGUCGGCCCAAGCUGAUUGUAGAUUUACCACCUUAUUCAUGGCGCCACGAGGAUAGUUACAAUGCUAUCGAACCAGCAGCUGAGCAACGAAGCCACCAGCCUGCCAGGGGCAAUUCCCUGCCACGUCGCAUUUGCUUCUCCCUGGGCUGGCAGCCUGCUCCUGAUAUUUCAACUGAAACGGUAAAUGAGGCCAAAGAUGUCACUCUUUUUUUCCCCAACAGGCCAACUCAGACUCUUCGGGGACUAUCUGGGGUGGUGACUCAACGGUUACGAUCUUCUGGUUUCAACGUUGAAUCUGCCACAUGGCCCGCCAUCGGCCACUCAAAUCAGGGACGUAGAUGCAUUUCGUUGGUGGAGCUAGACGCUCCUAUUUUUGAAAACGCAUCUGCUAUAGACAUCGAGGUUCUUCAGAGGAUCGUGGCGGAUUCAAAGUCUAUGCUUUGGCUGUCGUUGAACACGCCCGGAGGCAGCAUCGUUCCAGCCUUAGCACAGACUAUUCGCAAUGAAACCCCUGGCCUCCAGUUCCGCUCUCUACAAGUUGCUUCACCGUAUUCAUCCCGUAUUGCAGACUUGGGAAAUAUCAUUGCACAGCUUGCCAUGUCCAACACUCCUGAAAUGGAGUUUCGAGAAUCGAACAACACAUUAUUCGUGCCUCGUGUAAACGAGGAUAAUGUUAUGGACGAUGUCUUGCAGCGGUUUCUUUCAAAGCAAGCGCUGGCCGCGAGCAAGUCGGAUCACCUACUUCAGCCUGACGCGACAUAUGUACUGGCUGGUGGCCUUGGUGGACUGGGUCGAAAUAUUGCCACAUUUUUGGUCGACCUGGGUGCAAAACACAUCUGCUUCCUCUCUCGGUCUCCCACUAAGUUUUCAGACACCGAGACAUUUCUCGCUGAGUUACGCAAGCGGAAUGUUUCCGUCUCUGCAUACAAAUGCGAUAUCUCGGACAUGCGCUCUCUUCGGAUCACGCUUCGGCAAUGUAGACAGGAACACCCUCCUAUCAAAGGCAUCAUUCAAUGCGCCAUGGUCUUACGAGAUGUGUCGUUUCAGAAGAUGACACAUCAACAAUGGAAAGAGGCGCUCCAACCGAAAGUUCAGGGCAGCAACAAUCUCGUCGCCGUCGCUGUCGAGCCACGGCAGAACCCCUUCUUCAUCAUGCUGUCCUCCUUCACGGCCAUCUUCGGUAACCGCACACAAGCCAACUAUGUCGCCGCGUGCGCCUACCAGGACGCACUGGCACACGACCUGUGCGCCCGAGGUAUUCACGCAGUGUCCCUCGAUCUCGGAAUCAUGCGGGAUGCCGGCUACAUUGCUGAGAACGGUUCCAUGGCCGCUCUGAAGGACUGGGAGCAGGGGUUUGGCCUGCGCGAGUAUGAGAUGCGUGCUCUUCUGCACGCUGCCAUAGCCAAACAAACACCCACGCAGCCCGUCACGGGGCUCCCCACCGCCGUUACCGCCGCUGCCGCUGGCAUUCCUUACCCAUUCUUCCUUGAUGUCCCGAAAUUCACCGCUAUAUCACUCGCUCCCAAACAGCCUGCCACAACAACUUCCUCAUCACUCCCACAACUUGACCGCACCGCCCCUGGUUCAAAGGGCCAGAUCUCGACGGCCUUCCAGGAAGCCAUCGCCGAUGCCUUGCACAUGUCGGUUGCUGAUGUGGAUUUGACGCGUGCGCUGCACGCUCUGGGUGUGGAUUCGCUCAUUGUUAUCGAAGUCCAGAGCUGGCUCUUUCGUACCCUGGGCGUUCGCUUGUCUCCCCACGAACUGAUGGCUGAUGUACCGUUGUUGCAGGUUGUGGAGAGCGUUUGGGAGAAGUGGCAGGGUGGGGAUGGUGGGUUGAAGUGA